AUGUCUUUUAAUCUGUUUGUAAAAAAUGUAGAACUUAUAGACUCAGAACCAGCAGUGAUAAAGAGUAAAUGGGUUUAUGAUGGGAAAGUUGAAAUUAAAAUAUUAAACAAGGAAAGUCAAGCAAUUUUCAUUGGGUCCUUCGAUACAGCAGAAAUUAAAAAGAAAGCAAAAGAUAUUAAUGUCGAAUAUGAAGUUAUUAAAAACUCAGUGAUUUCAUCUGAACAACAAGAAAACAUUCAUUAUGAGCUUAAUGAAAAGAAGCUAAAAUUCACUAUUUUUGCGCAAGAAUCGUUUGGUUCUGAAGGAUCUUUGGGGGAUAUCAUUUAUCUGAAGAUUGAUGUCAAACGAGUAGAAAAGAGCGAAAUAUUUGAUUUCAUAUUAAACAUUAUUGAUGAUUUAUCAUCAAUAUCGAACUUGAAGGAAGUCAUCAACAAAUCUUCGAAAGAUUUGAGAGAAAUGAACAAACGUUUUGAAGCAUUAGCCGCUGAAAAAGAGGAGUUUGAUAAAAAUGUCUAUUCAAAGUUCUUAUUACUUCUAAAUUCAAAAAAGAAUCAAAUAGCGAAGUUGGAACGUCAAUUGGAACGAUCAAACAACAUCACGAACAAAUUUAAUAAUUUAUCAUCAGAUUUAAGUUUCUCCGAUGUAUCAAUUGAUGACAAAAAUAUAUCGAAAGAAGUCUCUAAUGAUAAGCAAGAAGCAUUGCCUGAUCCUCAACCAUCAACUUCAGGCAUCAAUCGUACUACACCACAAACACCAAAAGCUAAGAAAUCCAGUAUUAUUAAUAAACCUUCACCACAACGAAAGUCAUCAAGAACAACUCCAAAGAAGCUUUUUGAGUUCAAUAAUUUCCAAGAUUCAAUCGACUCCCAAGAAUUUCUGGAAGAGAAUUUAAUCGUUUCAUCACCAAAAACUCUUAAAAGUCGUAAUGAGUCAAAGAAAAUUAUGACAACUCCAAGUGCUAUAAAAGCCGACAUUUUUGAAGGAAUAAAAUUGACUCCAAAGAGAUUGAUUGAAAGUAGUCAGGAAUCUGAUGAGUUAUUCAAGCCGAAGAACGUAAAACGAAAAAGACUUUCAUCGACCAGUUCAAAUUCAAGUAAAAAGUCUCGUGGAAUUUCUCCUUUUGAAAUGUCACAAGAUGCGCAAUUGCUUGAUGUUGACAACAACAAAAGUAAAACUUCCGAGAAGUGGAAAUCAUUAAAUGUUUCCGGCAGUGAAUCAGAGAAAGCUUCAAAGUCCGAAGAGAAAUUGCAGGGUGAUUUAUAUAAAACGUGCAAUGAUUUCUCUCCUGAAAAUAUCGUUGAAAAUGAUGUCGAUCAUGUCAUAAGUUCACAAACUUUAGAUUCACCAUCAAUUUUUGAAAGUUUCAAGAAACGAAAGUCAUUUCGAUUAUCACAGAACAAUGCAAAUCGAACAAACGCAAAUAAAAACAAAAGUAAUUUCAGUGUUGAUACUAUCGAUAUUCUUGAUGCAUCAAAGUAA